ACGCUUUAAUAAGUUCCUAUUAAAUAACUGAACCGUAAAUUCGAAGCUUAAUUGAUUGAGAUAGCACUCGUCCUUUCGCGUGUGUUUCCCUUCUCUUUCUACGUGUCUAUAUGCCUCUCUUUCGCACAUCCCCCUCACUUCACCUACCAGGCAGCUGGUCGAACAAUGGUUCGAACAUCUAGCUCAUUGGCGUUCUUAUUUUCGCUGUGUACGGUUCGUUCACGAACCAUUAAAUUUCCCUAUUUAUAAAUUUAAAUUCUAAAUUUAAAUUUUAAUAUAAUUGUGUUCUCCUGAAGAAGCAGUGACCAACAGUAUUUCACGAAAAACGCUGCUAUUGCGCUACGUUUAUGUUGGUUAAUAUGCAAACCUAGUUAGUGGUUAUAUAAACAAAAGGUGCUCAUGAGAUGGGCGCCUACGACUACUACCUGAGCCGACCUGUCCCUCCACGCGCCCGCCCUGUCCUCGCGAGACCAGGCCUUCGCACUCAGAAGAGCUUUCAGCCACUGGAAACGUGUGCAUUUUCCAAGAAUAACUUAUGAACUGCCUCAUUACCGUCAUUCAAGUGGUUCGCUGGAUUUGAUUCAAUGUUGUUAGAAGAAAAAAGAGGUAGUUGUACGCGUUUAAAACUAUGCUAAUUAGCAAACCUAAACUCAGUCGCCGCACUGUCAUGGCGCCGUUGUCUACGCUAGUAGUUGUAAACAUCGAAUGUUUAUGUAACUUAUCUACCUCUUUUUAACAGACUUCCAAAAAGAAGGAGGUUCUACGUUCGGCUGUAUGUAUGUUUUUUUUCAUGUAUUUUCUUCUAAUAUCAUUGAUUUGAGUCCUGUUUCUGCGAUAUAAUGCUUAAAAUCGAAUCAAAACAAACUAUUUUUAUUCGAUAACAAGUCUCAAAAUAAGUUUUCGACAACAUGACGGGGAAGGUAGUUUAAUAAAUAAAACUACCAGAAUUGUAAGGUUUUUUCAGAUAGUAUGACAGUCGCCUGUAUGACGUUCAUAAUACGUACUAUAUAUCAUCGUGAAUCGCGGCGAACUUUCAAGAGUAAAACGAACUGCCAUCCGCACCAUUCUACAUGAAACGAUCUGUAAUGCAUUUAAGAUCGAGUCGUGGUCAAAAUCGAAACUUAAACCUCUACCACCGUAGAUAUAAUAAGCCUCUACAUUAUAAAUUGAACUCUCGAGGCUCAUUAAAUUCUUCUACCUGUCUACCUUUGUUACUAUAUCAUCGUCAUUUAUAUUUUAUACAAACGUAAUAUGGCACGCAGAAUGCGUAAUAGUACAAGUAAGUAGGUAUAGGGAAAAAUAUUCUAUAAGAAAGAAAUACCUGUUUUAUUUUUUAUUUACCCGGCAGAUCUCUUUGUAAACUAACGAGCAUAAAUUUUAGUUACAUGUAAAAUAUAAUUCGCGAUUUGCUCAUACAAUGAAACAGGAACUAAUGCCAAUAAAAAAUGUUAAGUUAUUCUAAACUAAAAGGUCAAUCUGUCAACUUAAAAGUAUCUUUGUUAAUUCAGUGAUAUCUACGAGUCGAUUUGAAUCACUUAGGUGUGUUAAAUUGUAUAAUACAUUUUCAUACUGUGAUGGUGUCUUUUGAGAAUCCUCCGCGAUUGAGAAGCUUACAACAAACGCCGUGAAAAAAGUGUUUUAAUACAAUGCUAUUAUAUUUCAGUUUAGUAUUCUUAACAUUUACUUCAAAAGUGCUGUCAUUCAAUUCGUACAAGUCACUUCCAGAAGACGCGAAAUUAUUUUUCACGGAACUGUCUUUCAAAUAUGGACACCCGGCAAAGGAAUACCGAGUCGUAACUGAGGAUGGGUACAUUUUACAACUGUUUCGUUGGCCGGGUAAGAGUAAAAUUCCAGUUUUACUCAUGCAUGGACUGUUCAGUACCGCCGACUCUUGGAUACUUAGAGGAAACACAUCUUUGCCUGUCGCUUUAGUAAAUGCUGGAUACGACGUCUGGAUUGGCAACAUUCGGGGCAACAAAUAUUCCAGAAGACAUUCCAAUCUAAAUCCGAAUAAAAGAAAAUUCUGGAAUUUUUCGUUCCACGAACUGGCUGUCUACGAUUUGUCUGCCAUCAUCGACACGGUGCUGGACAAAACAGGAGCGAAGAAAAUCAACGCAAUGGGCCAUUCGCAGGGCAAUUCGAUCUUCUACGUCCUAAGUUCCACUAGACCGGAAUACAAUGAAAAAGUCAAUUUACUUAUAGCACUGUCCCCUGUAUGUUACUUCAAUAAUGCCCAACCGCCCGUGAAUAACGUUUUAGAGUUUAUACCAAUAUUUGGUAGAAUAACAAAAGGCUUUGUGGCCGAGAUUUUCGGACCUGGUCUAAUAAGGGUUCUGCUAGAAAAUAUCUGCCCUAUACCAGAUUUAGGGUACUUUAUAUGCGCUGAAAACAUUCUCUUUCCUUUAGCUGGAUUCAACAAAGCCGAAUUAGGACCGGACUUCGUGCCAGUGUUGACUACGCACUUCCCGUCGAGCAGUUCCUUGAAGAACUUGCUACAUCUAGCACAAGUUUAUGACAGAAAAAUAUUCGCUGCAUACGAUUACGGUCCGAGAAAUGUGUUAGUUUAUAACUCCACUGAACCUCCGGAAUAUGAUUUGAAUAAAGUAACAAUGCCCGUGGUUCUGAUAGCGGCCAAAAAUGAUCGACUGUCCACAUUGAAGGAUGUAGAACUUUUGAGAAGAAAGCUGCCUAACGUAGUGGGCGAAUUAGUAAUGGAACCAGACAAGUUCAACCACAUAGACUACUUAUGGGGUGAGCAUACAAAUGUUUACCUGCACCCUUUCAUUUUGAGUGUGUUAGAAAAAUAUUCUUGAAAAUUAGAACUGUCAUAUUUUAAGUUAAAUAACACCGGUAGGUACAUAUUCAUUUGUUGUAAUGAAUUAUAAUUAAACAUGAUUGUGUCAAAAUCAUAAAACGGCCGGCACGUCUCUAACGUUGUCUACAUAGUACGUACAUUGAAAAGUUCAAUGCAACGUAACUAAAACGCAGGGUAGGGACUAAAAGAUGUAAGAUUUUAAUGGACUAAAAGUGAUUGCUUCAGUAGGUAUAGGUAUAAUAAAUGUGUUGUUUAUAAAUUCUUGUUAUAUUAUUAUCUCUGUCACCUAAAAUUAAAGAUGAACUGCUAAUUCAAUUAAAUACUUAUCAAUAAA